CUUCAGCAUCUCUCUCGUUCACCUGCUCGGCGACACUACACUUGCGCACCUGCUCACGGUCCCGGUAGAGCAGCGAGCGAAGUGCUUAGUAGUGCGCUUGUUCUUUGUCGCUCAUCAACGUAAUAUUCUCCUUCGGGCUGUGUUCCCCGCCUCGUGCUCACCCAUCAACGCCCUUCAACCGUCGCAUUUUCCUCGUUUUCGCAUUUGAGUGCGUCGUUUCCUAGGUCCCCCCCCCCGUCAUGGCGACCGCCGUGCACCUUCCCCCACCAGAGACUGCUGGCUCCCCACUCAACGAGGUUCACUCCCAUUCGCAAUCGAACAGCUACUCUUCGAAACGGCUUACACUGACGGACUUCGACCUACGUGACGAUCGCUAUCCAAGUCUCCCUUCUGUCAAACCAUCAGCCAUCUCCUCUUGCCCCGAGUCCAGCGGCGUCGAUCCCGCACUUGACGCGGGCAUGACAGCAGCACUCCGCGCCAGUUACGACAAGACACACAGGCCCGAUACCUCAACCUCCGCGAAAUCAUGGAUCGGUGAGAACAUCACCCAGGAGCCUGCUCACUGGGAUCCGGCGCAAGAGGAUCCUACAGCUGCCGUCCUCGAGGUGCAGUCUCAGUUGCCCAACGCCAGGGAGUCUCCACGAACUGCCGGGAACUCUGCUGUCGACCCGUACCUCGUAGACGAACCGGCCACGAACGACGCUGCACCUGGCGAUCCUGCACUUGCAGCCUCGGUCCCCCUUCCCCAGUCGCCUGAUAUGGGACAGCGGAUGUCGCUUCCUAGACCAUCAGGUGACCAGUACAAUGUCGCUGCACACACCCCUUCCCACCACACUACCAACCUACCGUUCCCUCCCGGUGCCAGUCUCGGUGGUCCGUUUCUAUCCCCUGGAGCGACUUCUUCGCCCCGCCACCCUUCGCUCCCGGGUGCUGGCAACGGCGCUAGCUUGAACGCCGCCCCAAUGGCACCUAUUGUACCACUUUCUGCUGGCCCUACCUACAAUCCCUCCACGAUGCAGAUUCCUAUCUCCCCUAAACCUCGGGCAUAUGCGCAACAUCCGACGUAUAUCACACCCUCUCCGGCUCCUGCAAUGCAGCCCUCCUUCUCGCCCCCGCAAGUGCCGAAAGAGGAGGUUUGCGUGGAGUGCGCCAUGCGGGACCAAGAUAUGGCGGACGUGGAUGUCACGAGUCCCGGGGUGUGGGAUCGAGAAAGCGACGUUCUUUAUGAGGAGUUGUGCCGGCGUGAAGAGGAAGAGGAGGCGUCGGGUGGUGCGUCCUCGGAUAACCAUUCACGACCGCGAGCGAAGGGCGGGAGGUUGACAGAGGAGAAUCUCAGGUUCUGGCUGAGCAUCAACCCCAAGGAACCGUCGUCCCGCCAGCAAACCCUCGACCAAUACGUCAAGUCGCAACGGCAGCUCCUAGAGGCAGACGCCCUGGCCCGUGCACAGGCGCUGCGCGAGUCUCGGCUGCUUGACGAGAAGAUGCGCGAUACCUUCUCUCAACUCCGACGAUCAGCGUAUGAGCUCGGUAAUAGCUCAAGUCCAGCGGACGAUUAUGGCGCGCUGCGUAUCAAGACCCCGCGCGCAGGUUCCAUUCCUUCCGCCUCUCCAGCCCAAGGCCAUUCCCGUGAGGUUACGCUCCUGGAAAAUGGCAUGAUCAUCGAACAUGUCGACCUUCGGAAAGAGGAGAAGGAAGAGCGGGAUAAAAGGCGCAAAGAGGAAAGGCGCGAGAAGAGCCGUGCGCGCAAGUCUUCUCGGAGUUCCCGCUCUGCCGCGGAUGUUGCAUCGGUUUACUCCGCGCCCCUCGCCAGCCCGUUGCCACACGUGGACAGCGGAUUUUUCUCUAAUCAUCGCGAUUCGCGGUACUCUCAGACCUUCUCCCUUCGGCCUAAUAGUGUCCUCGCCGUUGGUGGGGAACGCCCGCAGACGCUGCUUCGUGCUCAGUCGCAAGCGUCGUUCUCCGAGGUGCAGAGUGUCGCCUCCUCUCCGAGGCGGUCCCGGUUCUUUGGCUUCAAGAACCUCAGUGCUGCCUGGCACAGUCGGGAUAGUAUGGCCCCUACCACGGGUAGCAUGAUGGAUAUGCACGUCGCUUUGCAACAAGAGCGGCAGUACUUUGCUGCGCAUCCUUCGGCGAUCGACCUUAGCAGUAACGCUCCGACUUUACGGGCUUCCCAGUCUUGGCCUCGGGCGGUGACCUCGCCAGAGCCGGUCGGUUCGACGGCGCCAGCGUCCACCAAGAAGAAGAAUGGCCUCAAGAAGAUAUGGAAGCUGGUUACAGGAAGUUCCAAAUCCGCGUCAAAGGGUGUCAGUCAAUCACGAUCCGUGGAUAGACACGAGGAUGACGCGCCGCUGGCACCACCUCCGCCGCUAUCAUAUCUUGUUGACCGUGAAGGUGCUGGAAGACGGCACGUCUCCACACCUUCCUUGCUAUCGUCUGUUUCGCCCAAUCAGUUCUCGCAAUGGGCUUCUUCGCCGCCAACGGCUCCUUCCAGUGCUCUGCCUUCUCCGACAUCGUCGCGUUACCCCGUUCCGGAUAGAGAGCCAGGCGGUGAGCACCUCAAGGACCAACCUAUACCAGAGAUGGUUGUUCCGGAACACCGCAUAUCGACAUUCGAGCUCGGUCCAUCUAACGACGGGACGCCAAAUGAGGUUGAGCCGCGGGGCCGGACCACACGCAGCUCGUCACGCACGCUGUCCAGUCUUGGACCUCAUGCGCCCGGUGUGUCGACCCCCGCUGCUCGGCCCCAGUCAGCCGUCAUUAUGCGGCGCGACAAGUCCCUCCCUCCUCUUCCAGGGGAUGUUAGGGUUGAUUUCCCUUCUCAUCCUGUCCCCGAGAGCCGUCCGCAGACGAUGUAUGACCUCCUCCAGACUCCAUCCGGUCCUACAAGCCGCGGUCUACUUCCCCCUCAGGCGCCGUUCCGUACCCCUGAGGUAAGACGGCAAUCGUUUGGUGGUAUGGCCUCAACGCCUCACCCUGCUGUGCAGAGUCUGCCUCUCCGGAAUCCAUACGCACGGGCUCCACUCAACGUUCCUCCCUACCUCACCGAGGAGAAAUACGCUGAAUUUGGCGCGUCAAGUCCGGCGUUGAACCAGUGGGGUCCUUCGGCAGACAGCAAGCGGUCGCUGACGACACCCGCGAAGCCAAAGCAGCGGCGCAGUAGGUUCGGCCUCGCAUCACUCUUUGGGAAGAAAUCUGGGGAGACGGAGCGGCCGGAGUCGGCAAUGUUCACGAGCGGCCUGCCUAACGGCUCCAUGGACCCGCUCGACUACAAUCCGUACCGGUCGUCUGUGUCUGACCAGCGGGACGACCCCAGUAUGCACGGCGUGGGUAUGAGUGGUCCCGGGUCUUCCCACAGCAGCAUGCCGAGGAUGUCUGUUGUGUCGAAGAACAUCGCUGAGCUGGUGGACCAGGACCCGGAAUUUGUUGCGUAUCGCUACCCAUCCAGUGACCAGCGUCUAGAGGUUAUGCGGUAGUCAUUCUCGCACAUCUUAGUUUGGUUCAGGUCCUUGGAUUGGAAUUCCACUAUCGCCUGUGGUUGUAUCGACCCGAAUACCUUGCAAUGCCCAUACUCCCCUUCUAAUGGUUUAAAACAGGGCCCCCCUCGGCCUUAGCUCAUUUGCAUCGUACUACUCACCCUCAUUGUACGUAUCUCACCAUCGACCAUUCGCUUCCUCCAUGCCAUACCGUGAUCGCAAGCGUGCUGUUCACUAGACACUAAUCCUUGGCAUUGGUCCACUCGCUCUUCAAUCACUCCAUUCAUCUCACCCGCAUCUUCGCACGUCUCCCUACUCUGCUCAGCUAUUGCUCGACUCCGAGUUACCCGUCGCUCACUGCUCCUGUACCUUUUGUCCGCCUCCUGUCGUCCGCACUCAUUGCCUUCGUGUUGCAUCGCUUUCGUCCCACUACCCACGACGUCAGCCGACGGACGCUCUCUCUUUUCACAUCACCACUGCCUCGCAUUACACGCCACGCCGCCCGCAUAUCGCACGGCAUCUUUUG